ACGGCGGUUUAUUGACGAAAUAGGAAUAAUUUUAUGAAAAUCUGAAACUUUUGGGAUGUGCGAUCUUGUAAUUUUGCUCGUUACUGUUCAUUUUGUAACGGUCUACGGCAACCGUCAACACAUCCGCUAAAGGUUCCUACACGGUCCUUUUGGAAGUCGGAAGCUUUUAAGCGACGGACAGGUGGCGAAACUCCGAGAGGAAAAAACCUAAAUGUCAUUUACCUGAGCGUUGCAGUUAUGGACGAGACAGAAAACAAGGAGAACGACAAGUUACUCUUGCUAAAAGGUGGUGCUUUUCUCGCAGCCGUGGCGACGGCUGGCCUGGCCGCUGGCUUCGGAACCACUCUGGCCGUGGCCAAGAAAAGAAGCCCGCAGUGGUUCACCAAGGGCCUGGUGGGCACAGCAACAGUGCCUGAAAGUGGCGUGUCCCUGGCUCUGCGUGCACUUGGCUGGGGAUCCCUGUAUGCCUGCUGUGGGGUGGGCGUCCUCAGCUUCGCUGUCUGGAAGGCCCUAGGGGUCCACAAUCUUAAGGAGUUCAGGCAGAAGAUGCAGUCCAUCUUUCCCACUAUCCCAAAGUGUGAGGAGCAAGCCAACCCAGAGCCCAUAAGCUGGGACUCAGUCUUUCAGUGUAAAUGAAAAGGAUGAAGAGCUGAAUGAUCCUUCCAGCACGGACUGGAUGCUGCUUUAUAUAGAAGUAAACAAUGUGUCCCAUUGGUCUUUGGUCACCUGUUACUGUAAGAGUGAGUUCAGGAUUGAAAGCUGUUAACUUUGUUUGCAGUGAAUUGUGAGGAUGAAUACUUAAGGGGGCCAACCUUUCCACAACAAAAGGGAUCUUUUCCUCCUUGUCAGCAAAGUACUAAAGGCAUUUUGGGACAUAGUGCUGUAUGUGUCUCAGCAAAUGUUCACAAAGCUUCUCCAUUUUGCUCACAUUGUAAAAUGUUACUGAAUGCAUUUUAUAAAGAGGUGAGUAAUUAAAUCUGGGUCUUCUACCUUCACAAGCUGCAGUACACAGCAUAGAAACUGCCAUAAAAUGUAUGAGCAAUGUGUAUGGAUAAACAGAGGCUAUAAGUCCAGACAAGUGAGAAAAGCCUUUUCUACUGCUAAAAAGCACUCUCUACACAUGUGCUGAGGUGGUUUAGGAUGAUGUGAUUGUGUUCAGCAGGCUGUGCUCCCACAGAAGCCGAACCUUGGUUAAAGAAAUGUCUUGACGCGAAUACUGCCGUCCAGUCCUGCAACCAGAGUGGUGCAGGGGGUACUGCUGGUACCUCAAUUCCUGGGCUGUGGGUUUGAUUGGAGCUCAGACACAGAUGUUUGCAUGGGCAGAAAGACACAUUUCAGGUGAAGGAGGGACUGAAAUUAUGGUGUUUUGUCUCAAGACCUAUGCAUUUAGCAUGGGCUCUGGAGAAUUGGUUAUGGAUGGAUGUUCAAGUUUUUUUCUAACAUGAAUAACGUGAGGUAAAACUGACUUGUUCGGAGUUCCAUGUCACCAGAUGAGAUGCUCCUAAGAAUUAGGAAUUGGUCACGCAAAGUGGGUGGCCCUUCAAGUAAGAAGACUUGUAUUCAUCAGACAAACUUCUGCCUUCUCAGUCAUGCAACCACAGUUGAAUAAAAACAGCAAUAAAAACUUCCUUCACAGUGCUUAACAAGGUUUAAUGUACAUUUAUUUUUAACAUGUGGAACAUAUAGUAUAAAGACUUCGUACUGAGUAGAUGAUGCUCAUUGAGUCAGGAGAGGAAAAGAGGACUUCUCCCUUACAUACUGUUGGUGCUGUUUUAUUUAUUUUUUAAUACUCCUGCUGUUCCAGGACACAGUCAUGCCCUUUUUGCAUCUUUAGAGGGAAAGGAGCAAAAGACUAAUGUACUUUUGCCUUUAGUAUCCAUCACUUGGAAUUCCCUGAUUGGAACAACUCCCACAUCUGGUGAACACAUCUGUCUACUCCCAGACAGACUGCAAGUUUCUCACAAAUGGAAGGAAACCUUAACACAACUGUCAAUAUAUGACCCAAAUAACAAAAUUCAUUAAAAAAAUUAACAUUAACGGUAAUAUUUAGAAAUAAGUACUACCACUGUGUAGUUUUACCAUAUUUGAAAAAUGAGCAAUGAACUAAAAUCAACUAAAUACAAAGAAAAACAUUUGUUUAAUGUACAACUGCUAUUUACAUUGCGGCCCAUGGGCAAAAUACAAAACAAAAAUAAAACAUUAAAGAAACAGUUCUGCUUGUGGAAGUUUUAUUCACGUUGUAACCAUAAGCAUACAAACAGGGAAAUGAGUCAGUUUAACUGAAGACCUGAAGACUCGACCUCUUCUCUCAGCCAAGCAGAUGCAACACUGUCAGUCAGAUUUAUGUAUUGCAUGAUCUGGGAAAACAAGACGUCUGAGCGCUGGGCACCUGACAUGCCAACCUGCUGUGAAUACAAUUGCACAACUCAUCCUUAUGAGAUGCGUAUAUUAAUAUUUGCGUAAAAUCUUUUUUUUCCAUCCCGACCUGUGGCAAGAGAACUAUCUACAAUAUUUCUUACAAUUUAAAUAAAAUCUGCUUCCCCCCAAAAAACAAAGAAAGGAAAAAAGACAAAUCGGUCCAACCAAUAUAAAACUCAAAACAUUUAAGAGGAGCAGGAAGAGACCAACUAAAGAACCAUCUCCCAAAUUAGGUAUCAACUUUGGUUCAAAAAAAUAAA